UCAAACCCUGGAAGCUCCGAGGUGCUAUCGACGCCACCCUCACCCCUGCAGCCAUGAUCUCCUUAACAGACACCCAGAAAAUUGGAAUGGGAUUAACAGGAUUUGGAGUGUUUUUCCUGUUCUUUGGAAUGAUUCUCUUUUUUGACAAAGCACUACUGGCUAUUGGAAAUGUUUCAUUUGUGGCUGGCUUGGCUUUUGUAAUUGGUUUAGAAAGAACAUUCAGAUUCUUCUUCCAAAAACAUAAAAUGAAAGCUACAGGAUUUUUCCUGGGUGGUGUAUUUGUAGUCCUGAUUGGUUGGCCUUUGAUAGGCAUGAUCUUUGAAAUUUAUGGAUUCUUUCUCUUGUUCAGGGGCUUCUUUCCUGUGGUUGUUGGAUUUAUUAGAAGAGUGCCAGUCCUUGGAUCACUCUUGAAUUUACCUGGAAUUAGAUCAUUUGUAGAUAAAGUCGGAGAAAGCAACAAUAUGGUAUAGCAACAAGUGAAUUGAAGACUCAUUUAAAAUAUUGCAUUAUUUAUAAAAUCCUUUGAAGAAUAUUCAGCACAAAAUUAAAUUACAUGAAAUAGCUUGUAAUGUUCCUUACAGAAGUUUAAAACAUAUAGCCUACAGAGUAGCAACAGCAGUUAACAAAGAAGCAGUGAAAACAGACUUCUAACCAAGUCAUCUAAGAAGUCAGCAAGCAAACUGAAGGAGAUGAAAUCUAUGUUACAAUGCAUAUUGAAACUCUUGAAGGGGAUUUUUACUGUUUUUCCACAAUGUAUGAAACACAGCCAUCCUUAGAGAACUGUAGUGCCUGUUUCUUUUCUUUUUCUUUUGAAGAUGCAAGCACACCCAUAGGCAUUUGCUUUUUAGAACUGUAAUGUCCUCUGCAACAGCGAAACUAUUUCCAGUUGCACUGUGUCUCUGAAAGUGAUGCAUGAGUUAGAUUGGAUUAUGUCAUCGUAAUAUAUUA